AUGCUUGAGCGAGUGUUGCAAAAUCAAGAAAAUUCCGAUGCUUCCAUGAGGAACAUGACCGAGGUUGUUGGAUCUCAUACCGCCUCCAUCCAAAAAUUGGAGAUGCAAAUGAGAGACCUCUCCAAAGAGCAAAAUCAAAAACAAAAGGGAACACUCCCUAGUGACACGGUUGCAAAUCCGAGAGGUAGUGGGAGUGGCCCAACUUCUCACAUCAUGGCGAUCACUACUAGGAGUGGGAAAGUGCUACACGGAGAGGUUGAACAAACGGUUCAAGAAGAAGAGUCCGAACAAAGGGUUGAGGUUGAAGAGCCAAGUGUUGUCGAGGUUGAAAAGAUUCCGGACGAGUUGAAAGUGCAAAAAGAGAACCGGGAAGAGGUGAAGGAAAAACAAUUAGCGGUGAAUAUUCCUUUUGUGGAAGCUUUUCAAGAGAUACCGGGGUUCGCUAAAUAUUUGAAGGAUUUGAUCACCAAGAAGAGGACCACAAAGAAUGAGGUGGUAAACAUGACUCACCGGGUUAGCUCUAUUAUUGCCACAACCCUUGUCCAAAAGAAAGAGGACCCGGGAGCCUUCACUAUUCCAUGCACUAUCGGGGCGCGUGAAUUUGCAAGAGCCCUCUAUGACAAUGGGGCUAGCAUCAACUUGAUGCCACUUGCCAUUUAUAAGCAAGCGGGAUUAGGCAUGCGAAGGCCAACAAGCAUGAGAUUACAAAUGGCCGAUCGUUCCAUUAAGCGACCGGUAGGAAUUGUUGAUGAUGUGAUUGUGAAAGUUGGAGGAUUCCAAUUACCCGCCGAUUUCGUAAUUCUUGAUUGUGCGGUUGAUAAAGAAAUCCCUAUCAUUUUGGGGAGACCAUUCCUAGCCACGGGAAGAGCACUCAUGGAUUCCGAGCGGAACGAAAUUAAAUUCCGGGUAAAUGAUGAAGAAGUCACAUUUCAAGCAAGCAAGGGUAUGAAGUUGCCCCAUGAGUUUAAUAUUCUGAUCUUACGCGUUCGCGCUUGGACCUACGCGUUCGCGAAGCUUUGGGUCUGGAGUCUAUGCGUUCGCGUUCAGGUUAGGUUUCCAGCUCCUUCGCGUUUGCGUUGUGCCUUUGCGUUCGCGAAGGGCAAAUCACUGGCAGGCAUUAUUUUGUUCAUUUUAGCUCCUUUUGAUCUGUUUUCACUUGGUUUCUCCACCCUUUACUUCUAA